AUGCGCCCGAUGACGUUGACCUUGCUCCUGCUGUCGUUGGGAGUGGCGACUGGAAGAAGAGGAGGAGGAGGAGGAGGAGAGGAACAGAGCAGGCAUACGGCAGACAGCGACGAGCAUGGAGCUUCUGGUCUCGGAGGAGGCGAGCAGGCUGUCGAGCGGAAGUUCCCCAUCUUCGGAACCGCGUCCUUCCAGAGGCUGGACAUGUCAUCUACCGAAGAACACGACGGGUUUGUUCUCCUCCUCGACAUCGAGGUCAAGGUCAUGCAAGAGCUUCCUCUGACAGUCAGCGAGAUCUACACUGUCGUCUUCCUCAACCGGAAGGAGGCCGCCCGCUGGAACGGGGCAGCACGAAGGACGGUAGAGCUUCCCGGCCUCGCUGCGGGGUUCUAUGAAGUGAUCGCGGUGGUGGUGUACACGAGGUGGAUGGGAGAGGAGGAGAUGAUGGAGUGCGUUCGACUGCACAUGCUGGACGUCCAGGACGCCAUGUCCAGCUCGAGAUGCUAUGGGAUCAUGGCACUGCGAAGCGGCAAGCUGAACCUCUAUGAAUCCUUCCUGCUCUCCUCCGCCAUCGAUCCUGGCUCGCUCCUCUUGACGCUGGAUGCCGGGGGGAGUGCAAGCGAGAAGGGCGGCAGGAGGAGGAUGGAGAGGCCAUCUCCUCAUGAGCUGGUGAACAAGUACCUUGUUAACGACGACGGGGACGUCCUAUCGGAUCUUGUGCUCAUCCAUUCCAAUACCGUCAUGGCGUUCGUGAGCCCGAAGCUCCCGCUGCUGAUGGAGGAGUCCUACAUGCUGCCGACGUGGAGAUGCGAGUUCAAGGUCAUGGACAAGAACCGGACGCGGAGCAGGGAAGGGGUUGCAAAGGAGGAUGCGAUGAAAGGAAAGUUUGCGGGUGGAAAGGAGGAGGAGGAGGAGGAGGAGGAGGAGGAGGAGGAGGAGGAGGGAGGAGAGGUCGAGGAAGUUGAGGCUCAUGUGGUAUCUGACAAGCUGCACACCUUCCGAGUGUACUGCCCCCUUCCGUCCUGGAUGCGAGAGGUGUUGAGGGCAGGAGCUGGGGAGGUGCUGGCCCGUGUGCUCAAGGAUGGGGUCCCGAUCGCAAAGGAUCUAGAGACUGGUGCUACAUUCCGCAGGAUCAGGUGGGAGGAGGGAGGAGGCAAAGUCGGGGAGGAAGACGGACAGAGAGAAGGGGAGGGAGGAGGUGGGCAGGAGGACGGAGCUGAAGCGAAGGAAGAAAGAGCAGGCGAAGUAGGAGGAGGAGGAGGAGGAGGAGGAGGAGGAGGAGGAGGAGGAGGAGGAGUGUACCCAGUGGAGAUCUGUACGAUGGUAAGGGACGAGGAGGAGUUCAUCGUGGAGUGGGUGGAGUAUCACCUGAUGCUCGGCGUCUCUCACUUUCACAUCUACUUGCACCUCACCAUGGACCGCACUCCCCUCCUCCUCUCCUCCUACGUCAGCAGGGGGCUGGUGACCUUGCGUGCCUGGGACUUCACGUGGGCGAGCAAGUUCGUCUUCUACCAGGCGCAUGCUCUCAACGACUGCCUCCUCCGAGCUCAGGUGAGGAGGAGGAGUUGGCUGAUGAUGCUGGAUGUGGACGAGUUCCUGGUUCCUUCCCGCCAUGCUGACGUCACGGUUGCCUCCUUGCAGCGCAUGCGCAACAAGGAGGAGGAGGGGGCAAGGGAAGGGAGGCAGCGCGACGGGGAGCACGCGCGGGGGGAACGGGAGGAAGAGGAGGCGAUGAGGGGCAUGCUCCAGCUGCUUGCCGACGCAAUCCCCAGCACGAUCCCCUGGCUGCUACAGCGGGGGAAGGAGAUGGCAGGGGAGGAUGGGCCGUUGCGCCCGAGCGCGAUCAAGUUGGGUUGGCUCAGUUUCUCCUCCAAGGAGACGAGGAGGAGCCGGCUGACUGUUGGCCGCUUCCUGGAGCACUCGGAGACUUUUUUGCCUGAGGACGGGAGGAAGUUGUGGGACAGGCAGCACGGCAAGGUGAUGGUGAGAGGAGGAAGCAGCGAGCCGGAUGUCCACGUUGACUUUCCAGGGCACAGCGUGACGAUAGGAGGAGGAGGAUGGGUGGAGGGAGAGGCGAACGGCGGCAUGUUCAUCGCGCACUACAUCGGAAGAAAGAGGAGCUACUCGAGCUUGGACGGGCAGCAUGAGCAGGAGGCAAGGAGGAGGAGGAGGGUUGCGGACGAGGAGGGGAAGUCUCAGCAGCAAAGGAGGAGGAUGCUGGCUCUUGCAGCGAUGCUCAACUUUCGGAUCUGCAACCUCGACAGGGAGGUGUUCGAAGAGUCUUUUCUGUUGUGCGAUGAAGGGUAUGACGUGUUGGAGGAGAUGUGA